GCUGAAGGCUCCAAGUCCUUGGGGACCCAGGCUAAAUACCGAGUGGAGAAUGCUUCAGUAAACAUCUCGGGCCCACUCACCGCGUGCGCUGAAGAUUGCGGCAGCACCACACCAGUCCUCCCAAGAGAGAACCGUGGAUACAGGAACCGACAACCCUCCCGCCCACGCGGAGCCAACCGCCUCUGACCGAAGCCCCAUCCGGCUUCCCCGUGCCAACAAUGGCGCCGGCCUUGGGACGAGGGGAAGCGCGAGGGCUGAAACUCACCGGGUAGCUGAGUCAGGGGAACAAGGAAGUCCAGAGAUGGCAUGAACAAACUUGGCAUUUGGAGAUUGGCUGAUGUGCUUUCUGAAUUCCGAGAAGAACUGGAAAUUCCUGCAGCCACACAAUCCAGGGAAAGUCCAAGGCUGGGGGUCUACCUGCAAGAUGGAAUGAAGAAUUAAGGAAGAAUACUGCUAUACAGCAAUGGGACUUCCAGACUUAGGACAAGAAACUGGGAGAGGUAAUAUGGUAGCUAAGAAUAUGGAUUCUGGAAACUGACUCCCUGGGUUUGAAUCCUGGCCCUGCAAAAAUAAUGAUGCGGGUGUGCUGGUUGGUGAGACAGGAUAACCGGCACCAGCGAAUCAGACUUCCACAUUUGGAGGCAGUUGUGGUUGGGCGUGGCCCAGAGACCAAGAUCAUGGACAAGAAAUGUUCUCGACAGCAAGUACAGUUGAAAGCAGAGUGUAACAAAGGAUAUGUCAAAGUAAAGCAGGUAGGGGUCAAUCCCACCAGCAUUGACUCAGUCAUAAUUGGGAAGGACCAAGAGGUGAAGCUGCAGCCUGGCCAGGUUCUCCACAUGGUGAAUGAAUGUUAUCCAUAUAUUGUAGAGUUUGAGGAAGAGGCAGAGAGCUCUGGCCUGGAAACACACAGGAAGAGAAAGAGGUCAGGCAACAAUGAUUCUAUUGAAAGGGGUGCUGCCCAGGAAGCUGAGUCCUGUAUAGGACUGGAACCUGGAAGUGACCCUGGCCAAUGCUCUGUGCCCUCAAAGAAGGAAAAAGAUGCAUCUACCAAAAAGGAAUCACUGGGCCACUGGAGUCAAGGCUUGAAAAUUUCUAUGCAGGAUCCCCAAAUGCAGGUUUACAAAGAUGAGCAGGUGGUGGUGAUUAAGGAUAAAUACCCCAAGGCUCGUCACCACUGGCUGGUCUUACCAUGGGCUUCCAUUUCCAGUCUGAAGGCUGUGACCAGGGAACACUUUGAGCUCCUCAAACACAUGCACACUGUGGGGGAAAAGAUGAUUGCAGAUUUUGCUGGGUCCGGCAAACUCCGCUUCCGAUUGGGUUACCACGCCAUUCCCAGCAUGAGUCAUGUACACCUUCAUGUGAUCAGCCAGGAUUUUGAUUCUCCUUGCCUUAAAAACAAAAAACAUUGGAAUUCUUUUAAUACAGAAUACUUCCUAGAAUCACAAGCUGUGAUAGAGAUGGUACAGACCACUGGCAGAGUGAGUGUCCGAGAUGGGAUGGCUGAGCUCUUGAAGCUGCCCCUCCGUUGUCAUGAGUGCCAGCAGCUGCUGCCUUCCAUUCCUCAGCUGAAAGAACAUCUCAGGAGGCACUGGCCAAAGUGAUUCUGUGGAGCCUGAACUUUUGCAGCAGGUGUGGCUGAUUGUUUAGAGCAAAUUUCUGGCACCUGUUCUGGAUUGCUUGUGAACUUUUAUUCCUUGAAUUAAAAUACGCACGCUCUGCACCCCCCCCCCCC